CUCACACUCAGAGCAUGAAUCACAGAGCACACGCGCUCAUACAGCCCGAGCUCAGAUACCAGUCCACUCAGCCAGUGAUGUCGGCACUCUAAUCUCCGCUCUGAUUGGUGGAGGGACGUCUGUCAAACACAGGCUGCACGUCUCGUUCUCAACAGUUGGACAACACAGCCCCGGCGAACAGGGUUACUGCCGUGUCAGAAGGGUUAGUGCGGCGAGAGGUGCGCAGAGGAACCUCAGCUGCUCUUUGGUGCAUCCUCUCUGCACAUUUCCUCUCCUUGGGAUAAGGGACUGUCAUCGGGACUCGCUGCAGACAGCAUGCAGCACAGAUCCUCUGAGAAUACUGGCUUUAACUGUCAGAGAAACGAUGAGGAAGCUGUGCUGGACAGGGGUGGAACUCGGUCCAUGCUCAACACAAAUUUUGAGAAAGAGGAGCUGGAAGGCCACCGUACCCUCUACAUUGGUGUGCAUGUACCUUUGGGUCGGAGAUCACACAGACGACAUCGUCACCAUGGACACCGCCACAGGAAGAGGUCACGAGAAAGAGACUCAGGAACCGAAGAUGGCAGAGAAUCGCCUUCAUACACGGACACACCAUCACAGCGUGUACAGUUUCUGCUGGGAAUGGAGGAUGAUGAGGAACAUAUUCCUCAUGCUCUCUUCACUGAGCUGGAUGAGAUUUGCCUGAAAGAGGGAGAGGACGCAGAAUGGAAAGAGAUGGCUAGAUGGCUGAAGUUUGAGGAGGAUGUGGAGGAUGGAGGGGAGAGGUGGAGUAAGCCAUAUGUGGCUACUCUUUCCCUUCAUAGCCUGUUUGAGCUGCGGAGCUGCAUCCUAAAUGGCACCGUCAUGCUGGACAUGAGGGCCAACUCACUGGAGGAGAUCGCAGAUAUGGUUUUGGACCAGCACGAGACGUCAGGUUUUUUGGGGGAGGAGGUGAGGAAGAAGGUCCGAAAUGCUCUCCUUAAACAGCACCACCAUCAGAACCAGAAGAAACUGGCUAACCGGAUUCCCAUCGUACGCUCUUUCGCAGAUAUCGGCAGAAAGCAGUCUGAACCACACUCCAUGGAUAAGAAUGGUCAGAUGGUGUCUCCUCAGGCUCAGCCCACCACUACAGAGGGACGAGGGGAUGGCAGUCGUGAGAACAGUGCUGUUGACUUCAGCAAAAUAGACCUCCACUUCAUGAAGAAAAUCCCACCGGGGGCUGAGGCAUCUAACAUCCUAGUGGGUGAACUAGAGUUUUUGGAGAAACCUGUGGUGGCCUUCAUCCGUCUGUCCCCCGCUGUGCUGCUCAAUGGCCUGGCAGAGGUUCCCAUCACCACCAGGUUUCUCUUCAUUCUGCUGGGGCCGAUGGGGAAAGGGCCUCAGUACCACGAGAUUGGCCGUUCCAUCGCCACGCUCAUGACAGACGAGGUGUUCCAUGAUGUGGCUUAUAAAGCAAAGGAUCGUUCUGACCUUGUGGCAGGAAUCGAUGAGUUUUUGGACCAGGUGACUGUGCUGCCCCCAGGCGAGUGGGAUCCCACCAUCAGAAUAGAGCCGCCCAAAAAUGUGCCCUCACAGGAGAAGCGGAAGGUUCCCCCUCUGGCCAAUGGAGGGGCUGAUCUGGGGGAGGCUGAGGAGCACGGAGGCCACGGAGGACCAGAGCUACAGCGCACAGGGAGGUUAUUUGGUGGCUUAUUUCUGGACAUCAAGCGUAAGGCUCCUCACUACCUGUCAGAUUACACAGAUGCCGUAAGUUUGCAGUGUCUCGCCUCCUUCCUCUUUCUGUACUGCGCCUGCAUGUCUCCUGUGAUCACCUUCGGAGGUCUGCUGGGAGAAGCUACAGAAGGACGCAUAAGUGCAAUAGAGUCUCUAUUUGGAGCCUCUAUGACGGGUAUAGCAUACUCUUUGUUUGCUGGGCAGCCCCUCACUAUCCUGGGCAGCACGGGACCUGUCUUGGUCUUUGAGAAAAUCCUCUUCAAAUUCUGCAAAGAGUAUGGUUUGUCCUACCUCUCCUUACGCGUGUGUAUCGGUCUGUGGACGGCCUUUUUCUGUCUUUUGCUGGUUGCCACAGACGCCAGCUCGCUGGUGUGCUACAUUACACGAUUCACAGAGGAAGCCUUCGCUUCCCUCAUCUGCAUCAUCUUCAUCUAUGAGGCUCUGGAGAAACUUAUUCAUCUGGGGGAGACAUACCCUUUCAACAUGCACAACGACCUCAACCAGCUCACCCAGUACUCGUGUGUGUGCACAAUGCCUAAAGAACCCAGUAAUGCCACACUGAAUUACUGGGAGGAAAAAAACAUCACUGCAUCUGAGAUUGACUGGUUAGGCCUAGAUGUCAAGGGCUGUGUGGAGAACAAGGGUGAGUUUGUGGGCAGCGCCUGUGGCCAUCACGGGCCAUACAUACCUGACGUCCUCUUCUGGUCUGUCAUUCUCUUCUUCUCUACAGUUGCUAUGUCCUCCUUCCUUAAGGAGUUCAAAACAAGUCGUUACUUCCCCACCAAGGUGCGGGCAGUUAUCAGCGAUUUUGCUGUUUUCCUCACCAUCAUGACCAUGGUUCUGACUGACUAUGCUCUGGGGAUCCCCUCCACAAAACUACAGGUUCCUAAUGAGUUUAAACCAACCAGAGAUGACCGUGGCUGGUUCAUCAGCCCAGUGGGACCAAACCCAUGGUGGACCACUAUUGUGACCUUCAUCCCAGCUCUGUUGUGCACCAUCCUCAUCUUCAUGGACCAACAAAUCACUGCCGUUAUUAUUAACAGGAAGGAACAUAAGCUGAAGAAAGGCUGUGGGUAUCAUCUGGACCUGUUUGUGGUGGGUGUGAUGCUGGGCGUGUGCUCUCUCAUGGGCCUCCCGUGGUUCGUGGCUGCAACGGUGCUGUCAAUCAGCCACGUGAACAGCCUGAAAUUGGAGUCUGAAUGCUCAGCACCUGGUGAACAGCCCAAGUUCUUGGGCAUCAGAGAGCAGCGCUUCACCGGCCUCAUGAUAUUCGUUCUUAUGGGAAGCUCAGUAUUUAUGACUUCCAUACUGAAGCAUAUCCCAAUGCCUGUGUUAUAUGGAGUUUUCCUCUAUAUGGGAGCGUCGUCUCUCAGAGGCAUACAGUUCUUUGAUCGUCUGAAGCUGUUUGGGAUGCCGACAAAACACCAGCCUGAUUUUAUCUACCUGAGACAUGUCCCGCUGAGAAAAGUUCACCUGUUCACCAUCAUCCAGCUCAGCUGCCUGGUGCUUCUCUGGGUCAUCAAAACCUCCAGAGCCGCCAUAGUCUUUCCUAUGAUGGUCUUAGCCCUUGUGUUCAUCCGUAAGCUGUUAGAUUUUGUCUUCUCUAAGCGAGAUCUCAGCUGGCUUGAUGACCUCAUGCCUGAAAGCAAGAAGAAAAAAAUGGAAGAUGCACAACAAGAGGAGAAUCAGUGUGUUUUAAUGGAGGAUGAAGGAAUUGUACAAGUGCCCCUGGAGGGGCAUUAUAAGGAUGAUCCAUCCACGGUCAACAUUUCAGAUGAAAUGACAAAGACAUCUUUUGGAAAUGUCUGGAAAGGACUCAACACUGACAGCACCAACAAAGAUCAAAGCUCGAAAAGCUCCCUCUCCUAAUGUCUCAGAUGCUGAUUUCCAAAGCUCAACAGUUGUAGGUGCCAUUGGACAUGAGCGAGGUGAUGAAGAGAAGGAGACAGAUUUGGAUAGAGAGACGAGUUUGUGAGUUCAUGUAUUUCAAAACACUCGGUAUCGUGCCACACUACAAGCACCAUUAAAUGCUUCUGUUCUGUAGGUCUGUGUGUGCCAGUCUGUGCUAAGGCACCUUGUUAUAUUUACAUGUUUUUUUAUGUAUGUGUGUGUGUGUAUGUGUGUAUGUGUGGAGAUGCUGCCCAUGUGGAGAAUUGUUGGGUUGUGUGUUUAAUGGUCCAAUUGUAGUUUGACCUAUAGAAAUUUAAAAACAAUUAAGGUUACUUUUGUUUUUAACCAGGUAGAGUGUAUUUUGUAUGUUUUAUAUUUUUUUGACAGUAGAUCCUAUUGAAAUUCCUUGUCUUAUAGCCUGAAUAUGUUUAUUAUAUAAAAUUCAUUCAUUUUUUAUUAUGCAUAAAUGCUAAAUAUUCAUUUGCAGGCAUAGUUAAAAUAUCAUAAUAGUAAGAAGCAAUUUCUGACGGAAGAUGCAAAUGUAGUUCUGUCGGCUUUUUCAAUGUCUGUGUGAUUGUCAAAAUGUUCUCCACAUCACUUCAUAAGAUUCUUGAUGUUAACAUUUACUACUUAAGAACAGUGACCAAUAUUUUUUAAAGUACUUUUAUGAACAGUUUUCCCAUUUUGUGAAAUUUAUUGUAAUAUUUCCCUAAAAACACAAACGUACGACGUACUCUGAGUACUCUGUGCUCAUUUUAACCUACAUUUUCUCUUGAACUUCUUGAUAUGAAACAUCCAUAUUCAUAAAUUCACUUGUUUUUUAUUUUAUUUUUUAUUUUUGAAAACUAUUACUAUGAAGCUUUAUCUCAUUUUGUGUAGCACUCGACCAUGCAAAUAAUAGUAAACAUAUAUUUUGUUUAAACUUUGCAAAUAAUAUAACUGUAUAGUGCUGUUUUCACAAUGUUUCUGAGUGACAGGGCAUCUGUCUCCUCUACAAGACUCAUUUGCAAGCCGAGAAAAGAGACCUCAUCGUUUGAACGAACGAAUUAUACUAUUACUGCCGAUAAUACAAAAAUCAUGCAAGAAAUGCAAUAAUAUUCCUUUUAAUAAGAGGGGCAUUAUACCAUGUACUUACCAGAGACGAAUCUAACAUCAUCAACACAUGUACAUGUGAUUCAUGUGAUUAUUUUGUCAAUGUGUAUAAUUUUAAAUAACAAAGUUAUUUAAUGUAUGGAUAGAUUUAAAUAUGUAUAAAGUGGGGGAAAUGAAUGUUUUCAUGUUACUAUCAGUGUUAUUACAGUGUUUUGCCAUUUUUGGUUGGUUGGUUGGUUGACAAAACUACGACACGCACAUCUAUGUCAUGCACAUGUCAGCAGUACGAAGUUCUGUUGAUUUCACUGUAAAAUAAGCAUUUCUUCCUGAAAACAGCCACUGUUGUUUAUUAAAUUAUUCAUUUAAAUGAACAUGUAUCGUUACAACUGUGAGAAAUUUUCAUCAGAAUAAAUGUGACUGCAAAUAAACUGA